AUGACUAAUUCGCACACCCUGUGUGCUGUUGGGCGCUCGCCAGCCACUAGGCAUCUAUCACUUCUCUUGGCCCCUUCGCUCCCUGCUGACCACCUGCUUCGACUCGGAGGCGGUGUCUUGACCCUCCGCGACCUCUCUGUCAUGGCGUCCGCGGGGCGUCUGCCGCCGGGGCCAGGCACUUGGCCGGGCGGCGACCUUCCCAAGAUGGCGGCGACAGAGGCCACUGCGCGUAGGGGGCGGGGUUCCGCCUCCGGAGGCGGAGCAGUAGGCAGAAGGGUUGGGCUAGCGAGCGGGCUGCUUCCGAAGUUGGCAGCCCCAGCGCGCCUGCGCGGAGCGGCCCUGCGCGCUGUGAGGCUGUGGCGGGGGAAGGCACCGGUGGGGCCGACGGGCACUGUGAGGAAAGCUGAAGCGAGCGGACUCGCACCGGCAGCGAGGCGCCGCUACCGCCGCCACAGCCCAGCCUCCCUCGGCUUCGGCGCUCCCGUCGUGGGGGCCCGGGUUCCUCAGCACACCCAGCUCCAGCAGCUCCGGAGCCUGUGCCCAGUCCUUCGGAAGCCCCGGCGCCAGCCCGGGCCCUUGGCGGGGAGGAUGACGGAGCUGCAGUCGGCACUGCUACUGCGAAGACAGCUGGCAGAGCUCAACAAAAAUCCAGUGGAAGGCUUUUCAGCAGGUUUAAUAGAUGACAAUGAUCUCUACCGAUGGGAAGUCCUUAUUAUUGGUCCUCCAGAUACACUUUAUGAAGGUGGUGUUUUUAAAGCUCAUCUCACUUUCCCCAAAGAUUAUCCCCUUCGGCCUCCUAAAAUGAAAUUCAUUACAGAAAUCUGGCAUCCAAAUGUUGAUAAAAAUGGUGAUGUAUGCAUUUCUAUUCUUCACGAACCUGGAGAAGAUAAAUAUGGUUAUGAAAAGCCAGAGGAACGCUGGCUGCCUAUUCACACCGUGGAAACCAUCAUGAUUAGUGUCAUUUCUAUGCUGGCAGACCCCAAUGGAGACUCACCUGCUAAUGUUGAUGCUGCGAAAGAAUGGAGGGAAGACAGAAAUGGAGAAUUCAAAAGGAAAGUUGCCCGCUGUGUAAGAAAAAGCCAAGAGACUGCUUUUGAGUGACAUUUAUUCAACAGCUGUAACUUCACUUAUUUCAGGGUCUCCAAUUGAGAAACAUGGCACUGUUUUUCCUGCACUCUACCCACCUAUUGCUGGACUUCUGUUGUAACAAGUUGGCAAACACUGGCUGGAACUGGGCUGCAAUAAAACAUGCCAGUAUCAGUGCUGACAAGAGCCUAACAAGUGCCAACUUACAGAUGAUUACGCAUUUUGAAUUCUAAUGAACUGUUUUAACCUUCAGGAAGAAUUGUAAAGACCUGUACAUAGCACAACAUGACCCGGAUAAUAUAUAUACUGUUCAUGUACAUCCACAAAUACACCUUGUACCAAAUAAUGCUUUCUCGUAGUGGAAUAAGAAUCGUGUAAAUUCUAAAAAAUUUAGCAGGUUUUCUUCCCUAUUCAUUGUUUCUUAUCAGUUUUAAAAGACUCCUUAAAGCAUGUCAGAUAAACAGCAAUUAGGAUUAAAAGUUUCCAUUUAAUUUCCUUUAAACCAUUGAGGCUUCAUUAAACUCUUUCCACUUACUAAACUUUUGUAUCUUCUUUGUUUUGACACACUCCCCUUUGCUUUUAUCUCUUCUGUCUGCCAGAAAGUUUUCAAAUCAUUUAGUUCAAAUACCGAAGUACUCAGUAAGCAACUACUUGAUUUUUAAUGAUGACUUCAGAGGAGCGGUCAUCACGAGGUGCUUUCUCCCUUUUGUAUUGUACCUGCACCCAUCUCUCAGAUUGGAUACAGCAAUAACAUUUUUCUGUCGUUGAGAGCUCUUGAAUUCAGUCAUUAUCCCUAGGAACUAACAAGAGUUAGUUCUGAACUCAAUUCAGAUUUUAAAUGAUUGAAAUUUACUCCCAACAACACAAAACUCUGAUUUGGUUUUAUUUUUGCCCUCAGUUACCUAAUGUGAAGGUUGGAUGAAUAAAGCAUGCACAGCUACAGGCUUUCUACUUAACUUCUGGGUUUGCCAUUAAAAAUGCUGUUUACCCUCAUACCCUUCCCCUUAGCCCUUCAUAUUUCUUUGCCUCUAUUCUUCUAAUACUGCAGAAUUUUCUCACCUAUUGUACAAAGAAAUUGCGAUGUAUAUUUUCAUGUAAUUUGAUUUUGGAAUUCUGUCACCUUAUGUAGUGAGUUCUUCCAAAAUAUAAUUUUUUUCCAAUAAUUUGUCAAGUUGUUGGCUUUUAUUGUAUUGAAUGAAGGUUAUAAUAAUGUGUCAGAGAAGUGCAGUUUAGAAAAAUCUCAGGUUGAUUCCUUAUGCAAACAAACUUAAUACUUGAAAAUCACACGGCCAUGGCAGUAUAUGUAUUGGACUCUCUGUGGAUUCUUAUAUGAAUCUCAAAGCAUUACAGGGCUAUAAAUGCUUUGCUGUUUGACAUACAGAUUCUGUCACUGACAUAGUCCACUUGGGUUUUUCUUACUGUUUGAGCAUAAAUAUAUUUCAUACUAUAAGUUUUCUAAAACAGUUUUCAGGAAGUGGUAAAAUAAGCAUGUGCAGUGUUAAAGAUGGGCCCAGGUUUCUGUGUUUGGUGUGAAGUUGGGACUGGGACAGUGUUUGGCAUAGAAGGGGCAGAACUUGAGACAGUACCUGAUGAGACAUGGUGUUUAACUGUGAGAAUCAGUGAGAACUGGUACAUCUCUCCUUUGUGGGGUUUGGAGAAAUUAUUUGACAGAAUGAAAGGAUUCCUGCAAGUAGCCAGUCCUUUAAAAACUUUGUGUGUCCUUUUUAAAGUGAAAUAAUUGAGGAUGUAGUCAGAGUAGAGAGUGAUUUUUCUAAAUCUCAGCCUCUUCUUCACUCUGAAGCAUUAAAAAACAAAAAGCAAGCCUGUAAAUGUGUGAUGGCUGAAUGUGAAACUGUUUUGAGUCACUGCAGCCAGUUUUCUCCGAGAACUUCGCUUGUGACUUUACUUUUUCAAAGACUCUGUCAGCACUAUUUCCCCGAAGUACCAGUACUGCAUACCUACCUGGGACUUUGAAUGCCAUCCCUUUUAUUCUUAAAUUCCCGCGUGAUGGUGGUUCGUGGCAAGAUGGAGUCUGAAUUUUGCUCUCUUGUGGCUGUAAUUCUCCUAGCAAUCUCUUGAGUUAAAACCUGGGAUUUGACUCUUCAGGGAGGAGCAAAGGACCAAGUAACUCAGGGACAACUAUUCUUAAACUCUUAAGUGCCACUUUUUGCAGUUACUUUGGUGUAAUCGUAUGUUUUUUAGGGCUAGAUCUUGAGGAGUUGGAGAGCCAGAAAUGAGCAAACUUCUUGAUGCCCUUUACCACCUGGUGCCCUGACCAUGCUACAUAUGGAAACACAAACCUCCAGAGAUGUUUCAGCUUCCUCUGUCAGAGAUGUCAUCUGUGCCUUUCCCAGCGUUCAUCUGACAGUGUGAAUCUAAAUGGCUCUACAUUUGAUAUUAAACCAUACUCAGGUGACACUAAUUCCGGUGGCUUUUGUCCCAGCAAUGCCUCAUCAUUUUGUGUGAGGUGAGUCCUCUGCUUUAGGGAAAGGAUUUUUCUCCCUGACCACGUGCCAACUAUCAACAACACCUGUAUAGUCUUAUGGAUUGUAGAACUGUUGGCUGUUUCCUAAAUUUACUCCAAUUUCUUGUAAAGGCUUAUCGAUUUCAGUCUGGGCUCAUAAUGAGAUGGACGAUUUCCGUGGCUUUCUGGCCUCUUUUGGUGAGCUUAAAAUCCAAAUGAGGUUGGUUUCCUUGUCAUUACAAGGUAAUAUCUUUGUGAGGUUUUCCGACUAGUUCUGUGGUCACUCGGGUGUCAUAGUAUCUUUAAUGGCCUUCAUUGUUGGUUGUGAAAUUUUAUUUUAUAUGCUCAUUCACCCUCUACAAAUCUGCCCAUUUGGGAUUGUCAUGCCUGUGUAUCUUUGCCCAUCUGGUCUCCAGUUGGUGGAAUUACCUUUUGUGUACUGCCACUUCUCAGCAUCUUUGAAAUUUGACCUAAUGUUGCUUCAUUCCAGUUUUUUUUUCAUGUAAUUUGUUGAUUGUAUUUAUAUGAGAGUUCUGUUGUGAUGUUUACUGUAUUGUAAAGCACCUGGAUCAUGUGAUGGGUGCUCUAUGAAUCAAUAAAUGAUGACUUAGAGGCUGUAUCAUGAGCUGUUUUGGUUUUAGGGUGCAGGUCUCCAAAGUAAGUUAUGGUAUUCUUUCUAUAUAAACAGCACAUGAUACCAAAGGGUCCACAGGGGAAUCUUGAUAAAUAAUUUUUAAAACUUCAUUUAAAGAAGGAACCAGAAGGUAGGAAGUUCACUUGACUUCCAAUCUCAUAUAAUAGUCUUAAAAUUUCCAGUAUGGGGCCAGCCACCAUUCAUCAUCAGAAUUUCAUGCAUGCUGAUUUAGAACCUUAAGUAAAAUAAAAAGAGCACCUGUUAGAGCAUUAUUGGGGAUUUUGUCUGUAGCCUAAACUGGCUCAACCAUGAAAAUAAGCUAAAAGGUAAAGAACCCAGACUCAGAUGUGAGUGAACUGGAAGAGACCCAGAGGCACCAUCUCAGUCACCACCUUCCCUUCUCUAAACAGAUGG